CCUCCGCAUGUGCGAUGCAAGGUACGCGCUUCUCCAGGAUUUUACAUGUGGAAGAAUGUUACCGUUUCUCCAACUUGCUGAAUGCGGUCCCAAGCUUUCCCGCUGACAUCAUGCUAAGGUUUGUUCUCUAGCCAAAGGGGAUAGGUUCCUUUUGGGGUGUCCUCCCUUUAUCUGCUUAUCUUUCACAUGUGACAGCAAUGAGGGGCAAGCGUUCCAAACAUCCAGGGCUUACAAUCACUUGGGCGAUGUUCCGUUGAGGGAUGACUCUCAGCGCCGCCAAUUCAUCUGUUUGCGUCUCACCUGAGGCAUCUAGGACACAACAGAGAUUUCACAGGCGCCACUCACAUGCUGCAUAUGGCCAAACCAAUCCUCUGCUCUUAGGUGUAAGCAAAAGGCUUGAUUGUUUGCUUGUGCUUUCGGGGAAUCUCGGGAUCCUGAUCUCCCUCAGAAAAUUGGAACUCGGAGCCAUAUCAACACACCGCGUUCGACAUUCACACCUCCAGGCGUGCUCUCGACUCUCCCCACACUUAUCUGCAUCCCCUGUAAAUCAGCCCCCUAGCGAAGCCCAUCCCCGGCUCAUUCCCACGCCCUCAGAUUGCCCUUUUCAGGAAGCUGGUUUCAAACACAGGCGUGUCCCGGCAAGGAAACUCGGGUCAAUCUUCACCCAAGGCAGAAAGCACAUGAUACCGGUACGACCCUUGGCUUCUAGCUUCAAGAGCUACCGCCUUGGCCUCUCAAAGUACAUUGCGGGGAUACUCGAAGUGAAGGGGAGUCUGGGGAAGCAUGGGCAGAUCCAUUCUGUCUUUGAAGAGCUCGGUUCAUUUCCGCUCGACCGUCGACCGUUGAACGCAGGAAGCAACAACUGACUCAUGCCGGGCAAGUCUCGCAAUCGACUCUGAGGUCAACUACGAGAGCCCACAGUUCCCCCGAGAAAAUUGAGCGAUAAUGCGCCCGCUGGCGGCAUUGCGAAGUCUUGCAAGAGCCAGUCAUUCCGACGCUUGUCAAGAGUGUCAAGCAGUGCACUCUUUGAGUUUAUAGCCGCGGAGUCUGGAUUACCAGGUCUCAUCUUUCAGCCGUCAGGAACCCGGUCCAAGCGAGACACAGGUUUGUGAAGCAACAGCAGAAACGCCCAAGUGAGGGCGUCC